UCCUUUACUAGACAAAAGAAAUCUAACAACUCAAGUUCAAUUCCUUUUUAUCCCUUAACCCCAUACCCUCUUCAAAACCCCAAAAGAAGAGAAAGUGAAAAAGGAGAUCAAAAUCCCUUUAAUCAAGAAUGUCUACUUGCUACUUCUUAUUAAUUCUUGUUUUCUUGAUUUCAAUUCAACCAACCAUUUCCUCAUCAUCAGUUGAUUUAAUCCAAAAAACAUGCAAGAACACAAAAUACUAUGAUCUUUGUAUAUCCUCUUUAAAAUCUGAUUCCACAAGCCUCAAAGCAGACACAAAAGGCUUAGCAACAAUUAUGAUUAAAGUUGGAAUGGUCAAUGCCACAGCCACAAAUUCAUACCUAUCUUCUAAAUUACUACUUAACACUAGUAGUAAUAACAACACUACAAAUAAUGAUACAGUUUUAAUGAAGAAACUUCUUAAAGAUUGUGCUGAAAAGUAUGCUUUUGCUGCUAAUGCUCUUCAAUCUUCUCUUCAAGAUUUAAAUGAUGAAGUUUAUGACUAUGCUUAUAUGCAUGUUAUGGCUGCUGCUGAUUACCCUAAUGUUUGUCAUAAUGGAUUUAAGAGAAAUCCUGGAGUUGUUUAUCCUCCUCAACUUGCUAUUAGAGAAGAUGGAUUUAAGCAUAUUUGUGAUGUUGUUUUAGGUAUUCUUGAUGCUCUUGGUUGGUGAUAUAUUUUAUCUUUUUCUUGCUUCUUUCACGUGAUUUUGUGAAUUGUAAACUUUCCUAUUAUUUAAUUUUCUGUUUGGAUGGUCUUGUCUAUGUGUAGAUUUAAAGAAAUGAGGUCUUGGAUGUUGCCCUUGUUUA